GGAGAAAGAGUUGAAACGUGAGGGGAAUUUCUCCUGAGAAUCCUCGUAAAUCGUAAAUUCAGAGUUUCUGUUUUGUAGUAGUGUCAUUAUGUGGCUACAAAUUUCCAAAUUGACCCAGCUUCUUCAAAUUUCACCACCACCUUCUGCAAAUCCACUAACCAUCAUGGCUGAAAAGGGUAGUAAUACGUCAACGAGCAACAGUACAGAAGGUGGAAAUUCAAUGAAUCAUGAUGGAGAAUUGAACAAUGAAGCUCAGGAUAGCGAAAGACCUGUUGAUAAGGAACUUCAGGCUGAUCUUGACAGACAAAAUGGUAAGGAGGUUGGAGGUGUGUCUCAAGAAGAUCUAACUGCUGAGUCAUCUCAGGAGGUUAAGAAUGAGAAGAGCGAGAAUCACUGCUCAUCCACAGAUCACGAUCCUAUGCUGGAUCCAAGCUCCACCCUCCAGGCUGUUAAGGAAACACUUGAGAGAGGUAGGUCUGUAGUUCUUGUUGAGUAUUCCAAUAAUAGGUCUGUAGUUCUUGUUGAGUAUUCCAAUAAUAGGUCUGUAGUUCUUGUUGAGUAUUCCAAUAAUAGGUCUGUAGUUCUUGUUGAGUAUUCCAAUAAAGUACUUCUACUUAGCUGAUGCAUUUCUUCAUGGAGAUGAUUAGUUAUGCUUGCAUCUUCAGUAUAUUGCAUGAAUUGGAUAACUUUUUGGUUAAAUCUAUUUCAAACCCGUAGCGCGUAGAAUAAUGUCUAUUGUGAACUUCAAAAAGGAAUAGAAAGGUGGAAAUUAUCAGA